UAAUACUAAUAUGCAAUUCAGACACGUUUAUUUAACUAAAUUCUAGUUGCACUUUUAUAUUCACUUAAAUCGACACGAAUCCAAGUAACCGAGGAAUAUUUGUAACUUUCGUCCCAAAGCAUUCUGUUGACAUCGAAUCAACCACUGUUUCUCUUCAAUUUUCAUCUAAAUUAAUAACAAAACCAAAAUGGGGAUUGCAGAGACAGACAAAAGGGUACAAAGAGACUCAUCAGACGUCAAGGCCCAAAAGGCCAGAAACCGCUCGUUUUUGAAACGACGCGCUGUGCAAUUGAGCAAUUGCUAUUUGCAGAGCAACUGGAAUCUUUGCACACAUUUGCAGCGCCAAUGGAAUCGCCGCCGAUUGCGUCGCCUCUUCUCGUCGGAUAAGCACUCUGGCAGGGAUUCCAAUCGUUCCAAUCUGAAGCAACAAAGCUGGUCGUUUUUCUGGUACACCUUGGUGCCCAUGUUUUUGGUGUUGUGCUUCAGCUGCGGCAUCACGUUGUAUCAAAAUACCGACGCCGUCUCGAAGUUCAUGCAGCGUUACUCUACCCAGUAUCAGGCUAUAGUGCACAACAAGCUGAACUACUGUGAUCGCACCAUACCUUUGCACGAAAUAUUUGAGCACAUUCACGAGAAUGUCAUUAAUCAGGAGGUGGCACUCGAACAGCUGGAACAGGCGUUGGCCAAUCAAAGCUCAUUUCAGGCCAUUGCGCUGGUUGGAACUUCGGGCGUUGGCAAAAGCCUUACAAUGCGAAUGCUGCAGGAGCAGUAUCCAUGGUCGGAGAACGUCCAGAAUAUUGCCUGGAAUGACUAUGAGCUCACAGACGAGGAGGCACGCUACCAAGCCGUAUGGGGCAUGCUCAGCAACCUGGCACAUUGCGGCCGCAAUUUGAUAAUCAUUGACAACAUGGCCAUGUGUGAUUUGGAAUAUGUAUCAUCAAUUAAUUCAUUGAUACUAUCAAACACUGACGUGGCCAGUGGUAACAACGACCUGGACAAGAAGCAGCUGACAAUCAUCUAUGUUUUCAAUCUGAACGGCAUGCUUCCGGAGGAGCACUACAGCCAGCAGCUAAAGAUGCUGCAGAAGUUGCCGCCAACCACGGUUAUACCGUAUCGUGUUUUUGGGCCGGCUGAUCUGGAAAAGUGUGUGCGCCACGAGGCCAAAGUGGUGGGUCUUGACUUGGAAGAGCGCUAUGUCGAGGAAAUGGUCAACACAACAGAUGUGAAGGUCUCCGGAUGCAAGACGGUACGUUCUAAGGUUUUGAUCUAUGGGCUGCCACAGUCGAAUGACGAGAAGAAGAAGGAGAAGCACAGCCAGACUGAAAUGACACCUAUCGAGGGUCACUAAGACCAUAAUACUGACUAAGCCUUUAGCUAUGCAUGGGUGGUUUUUCAACGAGUUCAAUUUUCUUUCUUUCGGCAUUUAAGUUUGUUAAACCAAAACCAAGGUUACGCUUCUAGCAUUUUUCAGGGGGAAUAAUGGGAAGUAGAAUCCUGUAAAAUUGAAGUGUUACUUAGAAUCUAAAUGUACACUUGCAUAUUAAAAUAAUCCACAUUCCAAUUA